UCAAGCGCGCUCCGUCCCCGCCCCAGAUCCUGGGGGGUGAGCGGGGGAGAAGGGGCGGGCGCCUGCGAGCCGUGAAUCACCUCCUCCUCUUGCUGCCUCAGCACCGCCGCCACCUUUCCAUUCAGUCGCCCAACAUGGCUGGAGCGCGGCGGAGGUGAGCCGGCCGCCCGCAGACGCCCCAGCCUACUACGCCCGUGUCCCGCGGCCCCGGCGGCGCCUCAGCUCUGCUGUGCGGAGGCCCAACGGCCCUGUAGCCGCCCGCCGCCAGCAUGUUGGGCGCCCCGGAUGAGAGCUCCGUGCGGGUGGCUGUCAGAAUAAGACCACAGCUUGCCAAAGAGAAGAUUGAAGGAUGCCAUAUUUGUACAUCUGUCACACCGGGAGAGCCUCAGGUCUUCCUAGGGAAAGAUAAGGCUUUUACUUUUGACUAUGUAUUUGACAUUGACUCCCAGCAAGAGCAGAUCUACAUUCAAUGUAUAGAAAAACUAAUUGAAGGUUGCUUCGAAGGAUACAAUGCUACAGUUUUUGCUUAUGGACAAACUGGAGCUGGUAAAACAUACACAAUGGGAACAGGCUUUGAUGUUAACAUUGUUGAGGAAGAACAGGGUAUUAUUUCUCGAGCUGUUAAACAUCUUUUUAAGAGUAUUGAAGAAAAAAAACACAUAGCAAUUAAAAAUGGGCUUCCUCCUCCAGAUUUUAAAGUGAAUGCCCAAUUCUUAGAGCUCUAUAAUGAAGAGGUCCUUGACUUAUUUGAUACCACUCGUGAUAUUGAUGCAAAAAAUAAAAAAUCAAGUAUAAGAAUUCAUGAAGAUUCAACUGGAGGAAUUUAUACUGUGGGCGUUACAACACGUACUGUGAAUACAGAAUCAGAGAUGAUGCAGUGUUUGAAGUUGGGUGCUUUAUCCCGGACAACUGCCAGUACCCAGAUGAAUGUUCAGAGCUCUCGUUCACAUGCCAUUUUUACCAUUCAUGUGUGUCAAACCAGAGUGUGUCCCCAAAUUGAUGCUGACAGUGCAACUGAUAAUAAAAUUAUUUCUGAAUCAGCACAGAUGAAUGAAUUUGAAACCCUGACUGCAAAGUUCCAUUUUGUUGAUCUCGCAGGGUCAGAAAGAUUGAAGCGUACUGGAGCUACAGGCGAGAGGGCAAAAGAAGGCAUUUCUAUCAACUGUGGACUUUUGGCGCUUGGCAAUGUAAUUAGUGCCUUGGGAGACAAGAGCAAGAGGGCCACACAUGUCCCCUACAGAGAUUCCAAGCUAACAAGACUACUACAGGAUUCCCUUGGGGGUAAUAGCCAAACAAUCAUGAUAGCAUGUGUCAGCCCUUCAGACAGAGACUUUAUGGAAACGUUAAACACCCUGAAAUAUGCCAAUCGAGCUAGAAAUAUCAAGAAUAAGGUGAUGAUCAAUCAGGACAGAGCUAGUCAGCAAAUCAAUGCACUUCGUAGUGAAAUCACACGACUUCAGGUGGAGCUCAUGGAGUACAAAACAGGUAAAAGAAUAAUUGACGAAGAGGGUGUGGAAAGCAUCAAUGACAUGUUCCAUGAGAAUGCUAUGCUACAGACUGAAAAUAAUAACCUGCGUGUAAGAAUUAAAGCCAUGCAAGAGACAGUUGAUGCAUUGAGGUCCAGAAUUACACAGCUUGUUAGUGAUCAGGCCAACCAUGUUCUUGCCAGAGCAGGUGAAGGAAAUGAGGAGAUUAGUAAUAUGAUUCAUAGUUAUAUAAAAGAAAUCGAAGAUCUCAGGGCAAAAUUAUUAGAAAGUGAAGCAGUGAAUGAGAACCUUCGAAAAAACUUGACAAGAGCCACAGCAAGAGCGCCAUAUUUCAGUGGAUCAUCAACUUUUUCUCCUACUAUACUAUCCUCAGACAAAGAAACCAUUGAAAUUAUAGACCUAGCAAAGAAAGAUUUAGAGAAGUUGAAAAGAAAAGAAAAGAGGAAGAAAAAAAGUGUGGCUGGUAAAGAGGAUAAUACAGACACUGAUCAAGAGAAGAAAGAAGAAAAGGGUGCUUCAGAAAGAGAAAACAAUGAAUUAGAAGUGGAAGAAAGUCAAGAAGUGAGUGAUCAUGAGGAUGAAGAAGAGGAGGAGGAGGAGGAGGAAGAUGACAUUGAAGGUGGUGAAAGUUCUGAUGAAUCAGAUUCUGAAUCAGAUGAAAAAGCCAAUUAUCAAGCAGACUUGGCAAACAUUACUUGUGAAAUUGCAAUUAAGCAAAAGCUGAUUGAUGAACUAGAAAACAGCCAGAAAAGACUGCAGACUCUGAAAAAGCAGUAUGAAGAGAAGCUAAUGAUGCUGCAACAUAAAAUUCGGGACACUCAGCUUGAAAGAGACCAGGUGCUUCAAAACUUAGGCUCAGUAGAAUCUUACUCAGAAGAAAAAGCAAAAAAAGUUAGGUCUGAAUAUGAAAAGAAACUCCAAGCCAUGAAUAAAGAACUGCAGAGGCUUCAAGCAGCUCAAAAAGAACAUGCAAGGUUGCUUAAAAAUCAGUCUCAGUAUGAAAAGCAAUUGAAGAAAUUGCAGCAGGAUGUGAUGGAAAUGAAAAAAACAAAGGUUCGCCUAAUGAAGCAAAUGAAAGAAGAACAAGAGAAAGCCAGACUGACUGAAUCUAGAAGAAACAGAGAGAUUGCUCAGUUGAAAAAGGAUCAACGUAAAAGAGAUCAUCAACUUAGACUUUUGGAAGCCCAAAAAAGAAACCAAGAAGUGGUUCUACGUCGCAAAACGGAAGAGGUUACAGCUCUUCGUCGGCAAGUAAGACCCAUGUCAGAUAAAGUGGCUGGGAAAGUUACUCGGAAGCUGAGUUCAUCUGAUGCCCCUGCUCAGGACACAAGUUCCAGUGCAGCUGCUGUCGAAACAGAUGCAUCAAGGACAGGAGUCCAGCAGAAAAUGAGAAUUCCUGUGGCGAGAGUCCAGGCCUUACCAGCGCCCGCAACAAAUGGAACCAGGAAAAAAUAUCAGAGGAAAGGAUUGACUGGCCGAGUGUUUAUUUCCAAGACAGCCCGCAUGAAGUGGCAGCUCCUUGAGCGCAGAGUCACAGACAUCAUCAUGCAGAAGAUGACCAUUUCCAACAUGGAGGCAGAUAUGAAUAGACUCCUCAAGCAACGGGAGGAACUGACAAAAAGACGAGAGAAACUUUCAAAAAGAAGGGAGAAGAUAGUUAAGGAGAAUGGAGAGGGAGAUAAAAAUGUGGCUAAUAUCAAUGAAGAGAUGGAGUCACUGAUUGCUAAUAUAGAUUACAUCAACGACAGUAUUUCUGAUUGUCAAGCCAACAUAAUGCAGAUGGAAGAAGCAAAGGAAGAAGGUGAGACAUUGGAUGUUACUGCAGUCAUUAAUGCCUGCACCCUUACAGAAGCUCGAUACCUGCUAGAUCACUUCCUGUCAAUGGGCAUUAAUAAGGGUCUUCAGGCCGCCCAGAAAGAGGCUCAAAUUAAAGUACUGGAAGGUCGACUCAAACAAACAGAAAUAACCAGUGCUACCCAAAACCAGCUCUUAUUCCAUAUGUUGAAAGAGAAGGCAGAAUUAAAUCCUGAGCUAGAUGCUUUACUAGGCCAUGCUUUACAAGAAAACGUAGAGGAUAGUACUGAUGAGGAUGCACCUUUAAACAGCCCAGGAUCAGAAGGAAGCACACUGUCUUCAGAUCUCAUGAAGCUUUGUGGUGAAGUGAAACCUAAGAGCAAGGCCCGAAGGAGAACCACCACUCAGAUGGAAUUGCUGUAUGCAGAUAGCAGUGAACUAGCUUCAGAUACUAGUACAGGAGAUGCCUCCUUGCCUGGCCCUCUUACACCUGUUGCAGAAGGGCAAGAGAUUGGAAUGAAUACAGAGACAAGUUGUACUUCUGCUAGGGAAAAAGAGCUCUCUCCCCCACCUGGCUUACCUUCUAAGAUAGGCAGCAUUUCCAGGCAGUCAUCUCUACCAGAAAAAAAAAUUCCAGAGCCUUCUCCUGUAACAAGGAGAAAGGCAUAUGAGAAAGCAGAAAAAUCAAAGGCCAAGGAACAAAAGCACUCAGAUUCUGGAACUUCAGAGGCUAGUCUUUCACCUCCUUCUUCCCCACCAAGCCGGCCCCGUAAUGAACUGAAUGUUUUUAAUCGUCUUACUGUUUCUCAGGGAAACACAUCAGUUCAGCAGGAUAAGUCUGAUGAAAGUGACUCCUCUCUGUCGGAGGUCCACAGAUCGUCCAGAAGGGGCAUAAUCAACCCAUUUCCAGCUUCAAAAGGAAUCAGAGCUUUUCCACUUCAGUGUAUUCACAUAGCUGAAGGACAUACAAAAGCUGUGCUCUGUGUGGAUUCUACUGAUGAUCUCCUCUUCACUGGAUCGAAAGAUCGUACUUGUAAAGUAUGGAAUCUGGUGACUGGGCAGGAAAUAAUGUCACUAGGGGGUCAUCCCAACAAUGUCGUGUCUGUAAAAUAUUGUAAUUAUACCAGUUUGGUCUUCACUGUAUCAACAUCUUAUAUUAAGGUGUGGGAUAUCAGAGAUUCAGCAAAGUGCAUUCGGACACUGACGUCUUCAGGUCAAGUUACUCUUGGAGAUGCUUGUUCUGCAAGUACCAGUCGAACAGUAGCUAUUCCUUCUGGAGAGAACCAGAUCAAUCAAAUUGCCCUAAACCCAACUGGCACCUUCCUGUAUGCUGCUUCCGGAAAUGCUGUCAGGAUGUGGGAUCUUAAAAGGUUUCAGUCUACAGGAAAGUUAACAGGACACCUAGGCCCUGUUAUGUGCCUUACUGUGGAUCAGAUUUCCAAUGGACAAGAUCUAAUCAUCACUGGCUCCAAGGAUCAUUACAUCAAAAUGUUUGAUGUUACAGAAGGAGCUCUUGGUACUGUGAGUCCCACCCACAAUUUUGAACCCCCUCAUUAUGAUGGCAUAGAAGCACUAACCAUUCAAGGGGAUAACCUAUUUAGCGGGUCUAGAGAUAAUGGAAUCAAGAAAUGGGACUUAACUCAAAAAGACCUUCUUCAGCAAGUUCCAAAUGCACAUAAGGAUUGGGUCUGUGCCCUAGGAGUAGUGCCAGACCACCCAGUUUUGCUCAGUGGCUGCAGAGGGGGCAUUUUGAAAGUCUGGAACAUGGAUACUUUUAUGCCAGUUGGAGAGAUGAAAGGUCAUGAUAGUCCUAUCAAUGCCAUAUGUGUUAAUUCCACCCACAUUUUUACUGCAGCUGAUGAUCGAACUGUGAGAAUUUGGAAGGCUCGCAAUUUGCAAGAUGGUCAGAUCUCUGACACAGGAGAGCUGGGGGAAGAUACUGCCAGUAAUUAAACAUGAGUGAAGAUAAGUUGUAAACUGAAUGCUGUGAUAAUACUCUGUAUUCUUUAUGGAAAAUUUCCUGCACUUAUUAGGCAAAACGUAUGAAUGGGAUUAACUGGAAAAUAUAUCUGAAUUCAACUGCUGACUAUAACUUAUAUUCUAAUAAAAUUGUGUACUAUCCUGUGUGCUUAGUUUUAAGAUCAACCAAUAGAUAUAUAUCCUACAAUUGAUAUAUUGCUUUAUUCGCACUUUUAUUGUGGCUGAAUUUUUGUGCCUAUCUAUAAAACACACCUUCAAAUUAUUUGAAUUACAAGACGUCUGCUUUUGUGACAGUCAGAAAACACACCUGGAAUACAAUGCAACCCACUGUUAACUCAUUCAUAUAGUUUAUUCAAAUGAUUUAUGUAUUUAAACAUAUUGAAAAUGUUAGUCAAAUUGUGGUUUGCUUGUCAGGUAUUUUUAUCAGUCUGUAGAGGGUUCCCAAAUUUCAAAGCUCUUUUAAUGUAAUGGACAAAAAUAAGAUAUGAGAAUAUUAUUGAUGAAUUUUCAUAAGGUGUAAUUGAUCUUAAUCUACUAACAGAGAAGGGUAAACAGUUUGUGUUAAAUGUUGGCAUUUACUUGUAUUGACCAAAGUUUUGCAGCUCUACUAUAUUCUGUGCUCAGGACUAAAAUGCUGUUAAAUUGU